UCUGUGCCAGGUUCACUACUGAGAUAGUAAUAUGGAAGGCGCUGGGUUCUUUGAAGGCGCAGAAAAGCUACUUGAAGUAUGGUUUGCACCUUCAAAGACGAAUGGAGAUCUGAGAUCAAUUAAUCGUAAAGGUUGGGAUGAACUGCUUCAACUAGUGAAAUGCCAGGUCAUUUCGGAGCGACACUGUAAACAAAUGGACGGCUACCUUUUGAGUGAAAGUAGCAUGUACGUCACAGAACGUCGUUUCAUUCUCAAAACAUGCGGACAGACUACUCUCUUGUCUGCCCUAGAUCUUCUUCUUCAAUUGGCAAGAAGCGUCGGUUUUUCAGAAGUCGAGAACAUUUUCUAUUCUCGUAAGAACUUUCUAAGACCUGGUCUUCAAGCAAUGAGCCAUCGCUCGUUCGAGCAGGAAGUAGAAACGUUGGACUCUCGUUUCUCAAACGGCGCCGCGUACAUUCUCGGUCGACUGAACGGCGACAGUUGGUUUCUGUACACGCAAGACCACGACAAACCUUCCGACACUCCUGACCAAACACUGGAGCUACUAAUGACAGGCUUAGACAAAGACGUUGCAAGGAAUUUUUACAAGGACAAAUACCAGAAUGGUGGUGAGGUUACACGCGCCGUUGGCAUCCAUGAAUUGAUUCCCAACGCGGACAUUGAUGCUCACCUCUUUGCUCCAUGUGGCUACUCUCUCAAUGGUAUUGAUGGAGACGUUUACUAUACAAUUCAUGUGACUCCUCAGGCUGAAUGCUCUUACGCUAGUUUUGAAACAAAUGUACCCAAAGAGUCCUAUGCUUCUAUGGUGACGACAGUAAUGUCAGUUUUCAAGCCAGAACGCUUGCUGUGCACGCUAUUUACUAAUAAACAGUCGAUUUGUUUGUCACCUGGAAUGACCUUUGACAAGAUAUUAGGAUACAAGAGGGUUGACAACCAGAUGAUGCAACUGAACAAUGAAUAUGAGCUGAAUUUGUCUGUCUAUGUCAAGGACUAUAGCUGACUACCAGCUGACUCUUUGCACAAUCUUAUAUCGUCUAAAUGGUUACAUAUCUGUCUUUAUCAGUUAGAGGGUAGUAAGAAGGACUCGGUGAAAUUAUUGUAUUUAUACUACGUAUCUGGCUUUAGCAGCUCGAAGCUAGUAAAGAAGUCAGUGAAAUUAUUUUAUGUUACAUUUUUGUUGAAGAUCAAUAAUAUUACUCUGUUGUG